GGAUGGAUGGCGUGAGGGACAAAGCACGCCUCCCCGGGGUGCGGCGUGUGGCCGAGGGCGCCGCACAGUUUGCUGGUUCUCGGUUACCCGACCCUCGCGGAACCGGUGCGCGGCUGCUCCGUGUGCCCCGGCCUUCUCGUGUCCCUGGGCUUCCCACCCCAGUUCCCCGCUCGCGUUGCUUCCCUUAGCCCUGUCCCGGUGUCGGGAACCCGGCGGGCUUCUGCGUAGGGGCGGGGCACCGGCGGCUGUGGCGGGGUGUGGCCUCCCCUCGCCCCGUGCCCCUCAUCCCGUGCCCACCGCCGCUCCGGCCCUGCCGCCCGCGCGGGUCUCCCGCAGCGCUGGUGCCGCGGGGCGACUGGCUCGGAACCGGUCCCGUGCUACAUUCGAUCGUGUAGCAGCCCCAGCUGCAGGGCUCACUCGUGUUUUCCUUCAGCACUGUGAAAACUGCUAUUCGCAGCAGACUGCUUCCUCUGUUAAGGCUUAUUUGAAGUACAAAAUAAGAAACCUUCCCCUGUUUCGCUGGUUAUUCUAUACUGGUCCAGUUUCAUAGACGGGAUGGUUCUGUGGGUGUUCUUUCUAGCUUGCAGUCUGUGUAAUCUUUCAGUGUUAUGAUAAAAAUCCUAGUCUAGUGCAGAUUUAGUUUCCUACCGCGUUUACAAGUUGUGAAGUAUUUUAAUGGCUUUAAUGUUUGGAAUUUCCUGAGACUGUGCAAGAAUAGGCAUUGUAUUGUUUUCUAGCCAAUUUUGCUCAUAUAUAAAAUUUCAUAAAACUGUACACUUCUGUGUUUUUAAGCUGUGGCAUGAAGUUGUUUAUUUAUUCUCCAAAUCUUUGCUCUCUGAAGUCCUUGUUCAGUUAAUGAAUUGCUCUUACUUUUCAUGACAAGUUAACUCUUUUAGGUUAUGCACUUUAAACUUGGACGGCUUGUCUGUGCUUUCUGUCUGUAUGUGAUGGUUUACUAUACAGUCAGUAAGAGCUAUUAUUUGAACUUGCAUUUGUUUAUGGACUUCUUAGAGAUCCCAUUAUGAUCUGGGACCACUGUGUCUGGUUUUCACCACUGAAGGUUGUGUAUUGUAUCCCUGGUCCAUCGUGGAGAACUUGCUGUUUAUCACCGAAGAAUUAUGGAGGAGACUUGUUGUGAAUUUUGCUUAAAAAUUGGGAUGUGAAAGUGGAGUUGUUAAUCCAGAAGUACUACAGAUUAAAUACAUCAUGAAGUAGCAGGGCAGCGGAUUUGCUUUUUCAAGACAUGAAGGUGCUGUAUGAAAAUGCUGCUCUUGAAUUCUCCAUGCUUUUUUGGCACUGUCAUUGCAUCUGUUGAGAAGACACGUUGUAAAGUGUUCUGGGUCUGGCUGGGAUGGAGUUAACGUUCUUCACAGCAGCCCAUACAGUUCAGUUUGGAUUUGUGGCUAAAAGAAUGUUGACAACGCAUCGGUGUUUUGGCUGUGGCUGAACAGCACUUGCACAGUAUCAAGGCUUUAUCAAUUUCCCUACUCUGUUCCUGAAGUGAAUGUGCUCAGAGUAGGUGAGAAGCUGGGAGGGAACAUGGCUGGGACAGCCAACCCAAACUCACCAAAGGGACAUUCUGUGACAUGUAACGUCGUGCUGGGCAAAAAAACCCUGAGGUAGAGGAAGAAGGAUUUUAAUGGUUUUGGUUUCUUUGGGAGGAUUUUUUCUUGGCUCCCAAAGCAGUUGUUAUUUGGAGGAAGGCUGGAUAUCAGUCAGCCUGUGGGAGGUGGUGAGUGAUUUCCUUUGUUUUGUGUUUUUCUUUCCACUGAUGAAAUUGUCUUUAUCUUGACCCACAAGUUUUCUUGACUUUGUUCUUUCCCAUCCUGCUGAUGGGGAUGAGUGAACAAUCAGCUGUGUGGGUGCUUGGCUGAUGGCUGGGGUUCACUCGCUACAAAAGUACAGAGAACAGAUGGUCUUUAGUGAAGUUUCUAAAUGGGCAGUUGUUUUCGGUUUGUUGUGCUUACAGAGUACUGGUGCAGAAGUGACAUGGAGUUCGUUAGUGAUAGAAUUUGGGCUUUGCUCUUGUUUUGCUACAGUCAGGUGGAGUGACAGUAAUGGUUAUUGAUAGGUAACUCGUCGAUAGGUAGAUCCUAUUGAUAGGAUCUAGUACUUUAUAGAGCAAGGUUUGCAGAAGGAGUGUUCUCAAAUGCUUGGAGAAUUGGGCUGUUGUGUUGUAAAGGGAUGCAGUCAUUUGCUACAGAGGCUUGUGUUUGUUCUGAGAAUAUUGUCCUAUUUAUUGUGUGAUGUUAGAAAAUGUUGAAAAUCAGGAUAUCUUGUACUUAUGUUUGAAAGGCAGUAGAGUAAGGAUUUAGGGAAAAUACUGAAGUUGGCUUUGUAAAUUCAAGUACUUCCUGAAGUUUCUCCUUGUUGGAUAUUUUUGCUCUCUCAUUUGAUGGGCUUCACUAUGUAUGUGCUGGACUGGUGAGUAGCAUACGCUUGUGAAGUUUGAAACCAGGUGGAUUUCAGAAGAAUGGAUGUGUCGUGUAAUCAUGAGAUGGACCUAAGCAUCUUUCAAGAACUCAGUUGAGAACUGUUCCCUCGAUACACUGUCAGACUGUUUCAUUGCAACAGUUCAGUGUGGCACAACUGAUGACAAAGUAAUCUCAUCGUAUUUACAUCGUUUCCAGAAGUCAACUUAAAUUUUGAGUUUCUUUUUCUUCUAUAAUGGAAACAGAAAGAUGUGGUGCAUGGCAUCUUGGAACAUGGAAGGAGUUCUUCACAUGGGUUCAUAAUAUGCUUGGCUUUAGUAUUAGCCACUGCUAUGGAUGGGCUGCAGCAGUGUAGCACAGUGUGUAAAGCAAAGUACAGGUAUCAGCCAUUAAUUAUGUUUCAUUUUCUUUCCACAGUUAAUUUGAUUUUACAGAAUUUAUCAGGUCUCCAAAGCAGAAACAGGUGAUUUUUGCUGUGGGUUGAGCUCAGCAUGGCUGUAGUCAUCCGUUUACAGGGGCUUCCUGUUGUUGCGGGUCCUCCAGAUAUUCGUCGUUUCUUCUUGGGAUUGAAUAUUCCUGAUGGAGGUGUGCAUAUUAUUGGAGGAGAGAUUGGGGAGGCUUUUAUUAUAUUUGCAACAGAUGAAGAUGCACGGCGUGCCAUGAGCUGUUCGGGAGGGUUUAUCAAGGACUCGCGCAUAGAGCUCUUUCUCAGCAGCAAGGCAGAGAUGCAGAAUACCAUAGAAAUGAGCCGCAAACGAUUUGACCGUGGGGGACGAGAAACUUUGUCUGGCUCUAGAAGAACAGGUACUGAUGGUUCUAGUACAUCACGUGUUGGAGAUAUACCACAUUUUGUUACAGCUUCUCCAAAAGGAAUAAGAAAACCUAGUUAUGGGCCACCAAAUCGCGUGGAGGCUGGUUUCCAUACCAACGGCACAAGAUAUGGUGAUAUGGGUAUACCCAAGUCAAACUAUCAGCUAAGAAAGGAUUCUCACCCAUUUACCCCAGAUGAUCGUUACUUAUUUCUACGUGGUAUACCUUAUUCUGCAACAGAAGUUGAAGUACGGGCUUUCCUUUCGGGGAUACGUGUGGAUGGAGUGAUUCUGAUAAAACACCGCAAUGGAUUAAACAAUGGUGAUUGCUUGAUAAAAUGUGCUACACCUAGCGAUGCCUUAGAAGGACUUAAACGUCAUAGACAAUACAUGGGUCAGAGGUUUAUAGAAAUUAGUCCAACUACAGAGGAACGGUGGAUUGAAUGUGGUGGGCAGAUAGACAUGCCAGAUGAAAUGGAUCACUUUUUGUGUGAAGACCAUUCUCCAAGAAGUUCAGGCUACGUGCAUUCAAGGAAGCAUUCUCAUUCAAGAUCACCAAGGAGACAAAGAACACAUUCUCGUUCAUCUCCUGGUCAGGAAUAUUACAUACACUUAAGAAAUCUAUGUUUUAAUGUGGAAAAGAGAGAUUUGAGAGAUUUUUUUCCUGAACUGGAUAUACACAGCAAACAGAUCAAGAUUCUAACAGAUAAGCAUCAGAAAAGGACUAGAGAUGCCUUUGUGAUGUUAAGGAAUGAGAGGGAAUAUCAGGCUGCUUUGGAAUGUCAUAGAAAGGUUCUUAUCAAUCGUCCUGUGUACAUUUUUCCAAUUUCAAGAAAGUCAAUGUUGAAAAUAAUUGACUCUUGUGAGAGGAAAAGAUCACUGGACAGAGAUCAUCUUGGACAGGCCAUAUCAGAAAAAAGUUAUCGGGAAGGUCAUUCCAGCCCUAGGAAUUGUGUUUAUGUAAGAAAUUUUCCAUUUGAUGUGUCAAAAAUUGAAGUGCGAAAGUUCUUUGCAAGAUUUGAUAUUGACGAAGAUGAUAUUUACUUGCUCUAUGAUGAAAAAGGAGUUGGACUGGGAGAAGCUCUAGUGAAGUUUAAAUCUGAAGAACAAGCCAUGAAAGCAGAAAAUUUAAACCGUCAAACAUUUUUGGGAACAGAAGUGUUAAUAAGACUUAUAUCUCAAGAUCAGAUGCAGAAAUUUGGUGUUGCUGCAUCAUUAUCUGCACCAAAUGAAAUGCAUGGUCAUCCACAUCCGUAUGACAGAGGUGACCUCUCGCGUCCAGUUGGUUCACAAUCUGGGCCACCACAAGGGCCACCCAUGCAUUCUUUUGGUCCCCCUGGGAACUUCAGGCAUCAUUCUGAAUUUAGACAUCCCCCUGAGGAGUUCAUGUGCCCUCCUAAGGAUUUUAGGGGUCCACCACCCCUCAUGGAUUUUGGUGGUGACAGUGAACCUUGUGGCAGAAUGGAGUUUGGGAAUAAUAAAAUGGGAAAUUUUCCUGAAGGAAGAUUUAUGCCAGAUCCAAAUUUCAGUGGUGGUUCUGAACGUGUUGUGCCUAUUCUGUUGAAAAAUUUACCUUUUAAAGCUACUCCUAAUGAGAUUCUGGAUUUUUUCUAUGGCUAUAGAGUGAUACCAGAGUCAGUUUCUGUGCAGUACAAUGAACAAGGAUUACCUUCCGGUGAUGCCAUUGUUGCUAUGACAAACUAUGAGGAAGCUAUGGCUGCUAUUAAUGAACUGAAUGAUAGGCCCAUUGGUCCACGGAAAGUUAAGUUGAGUUUGCUGUAAAGGACGAAAACGUGCUCUAAUAACACAUUCUAGGUUUGACAGUAUUGACAGUUAUUUUAAUUGCUGGAAGAUGCAAAACAAACAGUUUCCAUCAACGGUUGUAAAUAAUACCCAAGGUUCAGUUGUUUAGCUCUUGGUUGAAAUACCUGUAGGACAUUGAAUGUCAUACAUCAAGGUAUAAAAGGAUGGAGUUAUAAUGCUUUUUUUUUUUUUUUUUUUUUUUUGGUUUUUUUUUAAUUAAUUCCAGUCUUACGUCUUUGCAUCAAAUAAAAACGUAAGUGCUGGUUGACUGACUACACAAACGGUUCAGAUAGAAGAUUUGCAGUGCUACCUGCAUUAGCAAAUGACACUUCUUACUGACGUUAGCUUAAUAAAGUUUUUAAAUGUCUGGGUUUUUUUUUUGUUUCUUUUUGUGUAAACUUUUCAGGUUUUAUUUGGUUUCAUAUGUUUGCAGGCAUUCCUGUUUAAGAGCUUGCUGUUCUCAUUAGCUAGCUUUGCAACUUUUUUAAAAUAAAAAUGAAAUUGCCAUUUAAAUGUGUGUCUUAUAUUUAAAAUUUAUAUAGUUCAUGAUCUCAAUUAUUAUGCUCAGCAGAUCUGGGUCUUGGUGAGAAUGAUGCUGCUUGCUUUGUCUGGAAAGAGUGAACUGGUAGUUUGUCAACACAGCAAAGGAUGGGUAGUUGACAGAGAUUGCAGAGGCUGUGUUAAUCAGUUUUCUCUCAUUCACUGUAGUACCUUGAGGCAGAAAAUGAAAGUUGGAAUUCAAUCAAGAAUUCUGACUUCAGUGGUUUGGUUUUAUCUUCACAUGCUGCGUAAUAUGAAUACUUACUGGCUAAUGAUGUCUGGAUGCAUUCCAGGUCAAUCUGUGAUUAGUUUUAAGUAACAUCUGUCAUGGGCAACCAAGCUGACAACCGUUAUUUUCUUACGUAAUAAAAGAAAUGCCUAUGUUAGCAUUUA